AUGUGUGAAAGAUACUUGAUCAUAAUAUUAAUGAUACAUUUGGCACUAAUUCAUUACACAUCAUGUUUCUCUUUAAAUUUUAUAAAUAACAAAUCAUCUAGAAAUGAUAAUUACGUUGAAGAUGUCGUUAAACUUCCAUCCUCUAUAAAAUAUAACAUUCAAAAUGUGAAUUCUAUUCCAACAAAUGAGGAUAAUAUGUUUUCAAGGAUACUUCAGAAAAGAGUAGAAAUAGAUUCUGAUAAGAAAAUACAGGAAAUUAACGAAACAAUAGAGGAUGGUUCAUUGAUAGAUCCGUUAACUAAGGAUAAAUUAUUCCAGGAAGAACGAGAAGAAAAUGAAAAAAAGCUAGAGAAAAAGGAAGUUUCUCUGGAUACAUCUGGUGAAAAUUAUAAGGAGGGAGUUGAAUCGACAUCAGGAGAAUUCGGUGAUAUCUCUAACAAGCUACAAUCCGACGGUGUAGAAUCAACGGAAGCUGACGAGAUUCAAUUAAGAGAUAACUUAUUGAAUAAAUUGAUCAAGUCACAACACAAAACAGUUUUUGGGAUUUAUACUCUAAUAAAGAGGGUCUCACUUAGGAGAAAAAUAAAAUCGACAAGGUACUCGGGUGAAGAAUAUAACUGCGAAGGAUACGAAACUACAAACAACUUAGCCAAUUCUACACACAUCAACGUUGAAGAUGAGAUUAAAACAUGGGAUUUCUUCUACACAUAUGACAGGGCCUCCGACUAUCCAUUUUCAGGAUUCAAUACUACAGAAACUGUUAGAAUAAUUACACAGGCGUUAAGCAAAUUGAGACCUAGGAGGAAAUCAUGCUUAGUUUCAGAUUCAGACGUUGUUCUGGAAGUUGGUCACGGGAAGUUCCCACUAAUUUGGGAUUUGAGGAAUUAUUUUGGACAGUUUUUGUAUUUUGGAAUUGAAUUUAGUGUUAUUGCUUUUGAACAGGCUGUUAUUCAUAGAUUCAAUAAUAUGUGUUCUCCUUCAGAAGCAUAUGACAAAGAUGUCGAAUUUCUUUCAAUGAAUUCACUAAACUAUUUCAAUUCUGAUGGAACAAGUAACCUUAACCUUAUUUUCCCAAAUGAUACUGAAAGUACAAGACUUAAAGCAGGGAUGGUUAACAUAGCUCUGGGUAAAAGCUUUUUGGAUUAUCUUAGCUGCAGGUUAACACUUAGCGUAAGUGUUUCGAAUUGGAAUUUAGAACCUAGAAUACCACAAGGGGUUGUUGAAAUGUUUGACUCAGUAUCGCAAGCAUUAAGAGAUUUUAAAUCCGAUGGAAAAUACUCUUCCUUGUUUGUACUAGUUGAACCAUAUGAUAUUGUGAAAUUCAAGGACCAUAUUGGAAUAAUUACAAAAGUCAUUUACACAUCAACAUUUGUAAAACAAAGCGAGUCGAGAUAUUUGAGAUUAGUAUAUGCACAAAGGGACAAGAAGACAAAAGCAGUUUGCUAUGCAUUGGCCAAAGUUGAUUAUACCUAUCAUGAUUAUCCUGAACUUCGUGAUGACAUGUACAAAGUUACAUGUAACGUCUAUUCAUUUGGUCCAUCAACAGACGAAGACUGGUUACUUCCUCAAACUGUUCCUCCAAAAUGGCAAAGUAAUGACAGUAAGGAUUUUGACAACUUAACAUUACUUUAA